CUAAGCUGUUGUACUGUUAACCUCUUCACGUAUACUUUAUAUAACUAAUGAGAGGGUAUACGUCCUAUGCCUAUAAGCGAGGUACUCUAUUUAUCAAUAGAACAUCGCAGUAGGGUAGAGCAAUGUAUAGCCAUGGAUAAAUGUCCCCAGGAAGUCUAUGAUUACAUUGUCUCCUUUGCAGGGCGGCGAAUUAGCAGAGACGGUGCUCAAUCCCUUGAAACUGAAACUGAUGUUCUCCCAUCAGCCUUCCCGGCACUGUCUACCGUAUCACGCAAAUUCCAGCUCGCUGUUGAGCGCUACACCUUCAAGUCUCUUCACCUUGAUACUCAUAAUUUAGAACUCGAUACCUUCGAGCGCAUUCUAACUCCAAGACAGCGCCGUUAUCUUCGAUACCUCGAGCUCGAUAUUGUCCUACCAUCCUAUCCUCGUGAGUUAUUCUUUGAGUACGAGACAGAUGAAGAUCGAAGGACAAACAACAAAGCCGCGACGGCGAUGUUCAGACGGGUAUUUAAUAUCCUCGCAGCGGACCAGAAACAAAAUAUGGCAUCAUCAACUCCAUAUAUUGACCUAGAAAUCUAUGGGUCGUAUUCGCCCUCUGAAAUUCGAGACAGGCGACCCAAUCAAGACUUCGGUUUAGAUUUGCUUGAUGGGCGCUUUCAAUUCUCGCUGCUAAGCCUCACCUCUGACGCAAUCAACUUCCCACCGCUGCCAUGCGUACGUAGUUUUUGGAUUGGUCAUAGGAUAUCUCGCAUGUGGAGCCCUCAGGUUGCCGUUCUACUCAGCAGCAAGAUGGUCAACGCUCUGGAGAUUAGUUGGGAUCUCUUUCAAAGCUCCGAUAAUUGGGGGCGGUAUUAUUACUUGGACCAAAUAUAUCGAGACGGGCUGGUUAAAACCGUUCAAGAACAUCCAGAUGCAGUUCUCCCAAAUUCUACUAAGAAGUUCAUCUGCAGGCUCAAGUCCCCAAAUACCUUCGCUUUCCAGCCUCUUCCUCGAUUCAUUGAACAUGAAGAGGAUGAUGACUCCGUAAGCCGUGCUAUACAGCAUAUUACGAGGAACUGUUCCCGGGUUUGCCUCGAGGACAACAAUUUCGGGGUGGAUGAACUCGACAACCCCCCACUACCGGACGAUAACCUCCAUAGACUUCUAGUAGGCUAUAGCGCCACCAAAGAGGAACGGUUAGAAGCUGACUGUUACCAUGACGAUUACUUCGAUGCUAUUUUCUGCGGCUGGACCCGAUGCGAGGUUGCUUUAGAAGAUAAGAACAUAAACGCUCUGUUUCAAGCGUUUGCGGAAGCAUGUUCCCGUAUGCAGGCGCUACGGACGGCACUGUUAGAGAUAGACGAAUUAAACCCUAGGGAAAUGGAGCUUUUUGAGGUAUGUUGUAUGGCACCUAAUAGCAUUACCGAGGAUUGGGAGGAUGAAUUUACUCACAGGACAAAUUCAUGGAGGGUAUAUAUUCGCAUGGGCGAUUGGCGAGCUACUCAAGCUACGCACCAGGCAUUCAAGGCGAUUGGGAAGAAAAAGGGAACGAGUGAUGCUGUGGUGCGUUACCUGCCUCCUAAGGACUACUGGUUCGAUGGUCUUGAAGCGGAUCUUGACUUCGUAUAAUGUAUUUCUAUUAACCAAUGGAGGGAGGAAUAGGGACCUAGUUUACCACGACAGGAUAUCUCUUUUAAUUAGUCUAUUCGCUCAGAACUUAUGGAUCUGGUCCUUCCGAUAACCAAGUUCUUCCAGUACCCCCGGCUUUCGUUUACUACCAACAAGGGUGUUCUCCAUCGGGGGCGGGCCGCAGACGAAGACCUUAGAAUCGCUCGACGGGGGUGCUACCUCGCUGAGUAGCUCUUUCGUGACAUAGCCCUGUCGGAAUGGCGAUCCAGUCACGGGCUGGCUGACUGUAUAUACCGCUUUGAAGCGACCCGGGAAGCGAGCCUCGUACUCGCUCAGUUCCUUCUUCAGAAGUAAGUCGGCGUCUGUGUUAACUCC